AUGGCGGAUUUUUGUGUCACUGAUCCCUGGUCCUUCGCCAGCAAAGAAAUAAAAGAUUUUGGACAGUUUGAAUGAGUCCAGUAAUGUCUUCUGGUCAACAAAGAGUCUGGAUUUCAAUACAAUACAGUACAAUUUCAUAGAGGAUUCUGUUGUGUUGGUUUCAACAAAGAAGAAGGGUUUCAGAAUGCACUGCAGAAGGAACCACACCUCAUAGAACAGGCAAAGCUUCAACCCCAGAGAAACAGAAAAUUGCUUCAAGGUCGCAGACAAAAUAAUAAAGUCACUGAAUUAGCAAGUUGA